CCCUCCGGAUUCUCCAUGGCCCGCCUCACCUCUGGCGCCCGGUCCCGCCCCCAACCUGACUUGGGCGGGGCCGCGCCUUUCACCGCCGCACCCGAACCUCCGCUGGCACCCGAGGGACCGAUGGCUGCGGCGGCAGCCCCGCGAGGGUGGCACGGGGGAGAGCUCCGCGCGCUCGGCCGGGCGGUGAGGCUACUGCAGCGCCUGGAGGAGCAAUGCGGAGACCCCCGCCUCACCUCUAGUCCCCCUUCGCUGCGAGACCUGCUGCCCCGCACCACGCAGCUGCUGCGAGAGGUGGCCCACGCCCGGCGGGCGGCCAGCGGAGGUGUUCCCGAGGCUUCCGGGGGUGCCGGGGACUUUCUUGUCGUCUUUCUCGCCAACCUGGAGGCCAAGAGCAGGCAGGUGGCGGCACUGCUGCCACCGCCGGGCCGAAGAAGUGCCAACGACGAGCUCUUCCGGGAGGGCUCCUUACUCAGGCGACAGCUGGCCAAGCUGGCCCUUAUCUUCAGCCACAUGUACGCGGAGCUGAGCGCACUUUUUCCCAAGGGAAAGUACUGUGGACACACAUACCAGCUCACUAAGGCCCCGGCCCACACCUUCUGGAGGGAGCAUUGUGGAUCCCGAUGUGUGCUGCCCUGGCCUGAGUUUGAGUCUCUCUUGUGUACCUGCCACCCCGUGGAGUCAGGCCCCGCAGCCCAAGCCUUGCGCUCCACCAUCGACCUCACCUGCAGUGGCCAUGUGUCCAUCUUUGAAUUUGAUAUCUUCACCAGGCUCUUCCAGCCAUGGCCAACACUCCUCAAGAACUGGCAGCUCCUGGCAGUCAACCACCCGGGGUACAUGGCCUUCCUCACGUAUGAUGAGGUCCGAGCACGUCUGCAGGCCUGCAGGGACAAGCCAGGCAGCUACAUCUUCCGGCCCAGUUGCACUCGCCUGGGGCAGUGGGCUAUCGGAUACGUGAGCUCAGAUGGCAGCAUCCUUCAGACCAUCCCUCUCAAUAAACCCCUGUUCAAGGCGCUCCUGGAAGGACAAAAGGAAGGCUUCUACCUCUACCCAGAUGGGAAGAACCACAACCCAGACCUGACGGAACUCUGCCAGAUGGAACCUCAUCAGCGCAUCCACGUGUCAGAGGAGCAGCUGCAGCUGUACUGGGCAAUGGACUCCACGUUCGAACUCUGUAAGAUCUGUGCUGAGAGCAACAAGGACGUGAAGAUCGAGCCAUGCGGGCACCUGCUCUGUAGCCGCUGCCUGGCCGCCUGGCAGCACUCAGACAGCCAGACCUGCCCCUUCUGCCGCACUGAGAUCAAGGGCCGAGAGGUUGUGAGUAUCCACCAAUUUCAAGGGAGGCCAGCGGAAGCCAGGGCCACUGCUGAGGACCCAGAGUACAGCAAUGACCAGGAAGAUGGAGAGGAGGAGCUGGGGCGGGUGACGCCAUCAGCUCCCCCACUGCCCCCUCCACAGGAUCUGUCCCCCAGGAGUCCGAGAAGUAAAGGCCAACUGAAGAUGGCCUUCCCCAGACUUCGGGCCCCUCUUACUUUGCCAAGAAUGAGGACUACGGCCUCAGUCCCAUGGGAAAUCACCUCCAGCCACCAGGCCAGGGAGGGAGCCACAGAAAACUCCUAAAGGGAAAGUCACCCUUCCAGCUGCCUUUGUGGGCCCACGAUCGCAGCCCAGGCCCGGAGGCCAGGGUACCAAGAUAUGCUGCUAAGGGAGCCCCAGGGGCUGGAAGGGGUUUGUGAAGCGGAAAUAAACUGCCAAGCCUCGUCUGUCCUCUGGUGUGUGGAAAAAGUGCAGUGGUCACUAGGGGGCACC